AUGCAAUGUCCGUACCAUGAUUGCGACGCGGUCGAAACCAUACAGCAUGCUCUGAUGGCUUGCCCUCGGAUCCGGCCACUCUGGGAUGUGAUUUCAGAGCCAUGGCUACAAUUUGGGUUGAGGUUUGAAUGGACCUACAUUCUGGACGUGACGAAAGUUAACCCUGCUCCUGAAUGGAUCCAUGUAGCCCCUAUGCUCGUGGUUCUGUGGACGAUGCUCACAGCAGGCGUGAUGCGGCGUCUCUGGAUCUAUCGUAACAAGGUCAAAUACGAAGGUACUGCUGGUCCCUAUGUCCCUGUCAUGCUAGAGCUCGUCCUCCUGCAGUGGUCUAUGCAAGUCCGUCGGCAUCUACAGCUUCCAACGACGCUGGACGACGAGCGAACCCAAAUCCAGACCGUCUUGGGCCAUUUUGGUCAACAUCCCAGUUACCACGGCAACAACAAUGGAACCGGUGGUGUGAUCAAGCGCUCAAAGCUCGGCCGCCACCCUGCUGCAGUGAGCGGGAAGACAGCAGCCAAGUGGUCCGACGACUCGGUGACCUGUAUGUUUCGACUCAGGUUUGUGAAACUGGCCCACAAGUUUGAAAACGUCAAGAACAAUCAAAUGCGCCGCGAUGCGUAUGAAUUACUUGCUGCCGAACUCUCCGUGGAGGUGGAUCAAGUAUUAAGCGCAGAACAAGUUCAAAACAAGCUACACGAGUUGAAGAAAAAGUGGCUUAAUCCAAAGGUCAAGGCGACUGGCAAUGGUUCGGCUGUCCGUACGAAGCCCCAGUACUUCGACAUUAUGUUUGAGUAUUGGGGUACCAAACUUGGUUACUCACACUCGUCGCUGUUGUCGUCCGACCCUGACGUUGAUGUCGACAGCGAGGUUUCCACGCUGAGCUUAGACGUCGGUAGCGAUUCGGACAGUGUCAUGGGUCGUCAAAAUCUCACACGAAUCAACCGUCCCACGCUACAGCCCUGCUUCAAGGCCAUCAAGCAGUUGGCAAUGGGCUUGAAAGCAUUGGGUCGUCGUUUGGAAAACAACCUGCCGACGGUGGCAUGA